UAGUAAGGUGGGGAGGAAAGUUGUGGUGGAAAAAUAAUGACAUAUGUAGUUCCAACACGUGUUUGAAUGUCAUUUAGUUUAACAGAAUGUGGGAGUUUAAUGGGAAGGUUGGCAUGAGUUGGAUGCACAAGAAGGAGGACGCCAUCCUGAGUUGUACGUUCCCUUCCUCCUUCAUUGCCUUUACGGCAACCCCAAUCCCAAUCCCAACCCCAAUCGUCUUAUACCCUCUUCCUUCUUCCUCUCCUCUGCUCCUCCUUAUUCAUUCAUUCCUCUCCCUCUUCCGCCUUCUUCAAGGUCCUGUGAGAAAUUCGGAGGAGUCACCAUCUUCAGAGUCUUCCAAUAAUGGAGCCACAUCCAGAAUCCCCAAGGGGUUAUGAUGAAUCUGCAACACUUGUUUCCUCUCAUAACAAGAAUUUCAUUGAUACGGCAUCCCCUUUUGAAUCUGUCAAAGAUGCUGUAUCCAAGUUUGGAGGAAGAGUUGAUUGGAAGUCCCGCCGAACCCAGAGUUUGGAGAGAAGCAAACUUGUAGGACAAGAAAUUUCAAAGACGGAAACAGUAGAGGAAUUGGAGAACACAAAGAAACUUAUAGAAGAACUGAAGACUAACUUAGAGAGGAUAGAAAAAGAAGAGCUUGAAGCAAAAGAAGAGGCAGAUCUCUUGAGUGUUAAGAUUGAGGAGAUGGAGGAGGAUAUUGUGAGUGAAGCCAGUGUGGAAGCCAAGGCACAACUCGAUGCUGAGAAGGCCAGGCAUGCUGCCGCAGUUUCGGACUUGGAAUUUGUCAAAAGGGAACUGGACUCACUCAAUAAGGAGUACACUUGCAUGGUGAGUGAAAGGGAUGUGGCUGCCCGAAAGGCAGAAGAUGCUGUUGCUGCAUCCAAGGAGGCUGAAAAGGCCUUGGAGAAUCUGACUAAUGAGUUGAUUGCAACAAAGGAGUCAUUGAGUGCCACCCGAGCUGCACACCUGGAAGCAGAGGAAAAGAGGUCGGGCAUCGCUGAUGAAGAAUUCCACAAGUGUAGGCUGGAACUAGAAGAGGCAGAGGAGGAGCUAGAGAAGCUCAACAAGCAAGUGUUGUCAGCACGGGUUCUGAAAUCCAAAUUGGAUGCAUCUUCCUCGUUGCUACUCGAUUUGAAGGCUGAAUUAGCAGCAUAUAUGGGAUCAAAGCUGAAAGAGCAAGGCAAUCUAGAGCUGAAGAAGGAACUUGAGGAAGUCAAACUCAACAUUGAGAAGGCAGCUGCUGAGGUUGACAGCUUGAGGGAGGCUUCCAUGUCACUAAAAUCGGAGCUGGAAGAUGAGAAGUCGAUCCUCUCCGGCCUCAGGCAGAGCGAGGAAAUGGCAGCUACUGCAGUGACAACGCUCCAGGAGGAGCUGGAGAAGACUCGGUCCCUGAUAGCUUUCCGGCGGAUGAAGGAGCAAGAAGACAGAGAGAUGAUGAUAGAGCUGCCCAAGAAGCUUCAGGAAGUGGAAAAAGAGGCUGAGGAGGCCAGAGCACUUCUUAAGGCCGCUCAGGCAGAGCUUAUGGAAGCAGAACAGGAGGCUGAACAGGCCAAGGCCCUGGCAACUACAUUGGAGAAUAAGCUGCUGUCAACAGAGAAGGAGAUAGAAUCGGCCAAGGUCUCCGAGAAGUUUGCAAGAGAUGCAAUCAAGGCAUUGGAAAAGACAGAAACCGGCAAAAGCGGGAAUGAGAGCGACCCUUCCAAGGUGACCCUGACACUGGACGAAUACCAGGAGCUGAGCAAGCGAACCUACAAAGCGGAGGAGCAAGCCAAUGCUAGGAUUGCAGCUGCUAAUGCUCAAAUUGAGAAGGCAAAGGAGUUGGAGUUGAGGAGCUUGGAGAAGCUGGAAGAACUUAACGAGGAGUUGUCUGUGAGAAGGGAGUCUCUCAAGAUUGCCACCGAGAACGCUGAUAGGGCCAAAGAAGGAAAGCUAGCUAUCGAAUAUGAGUUGAGAACAUGGAUUACUGAACAGGAGGAGCAGCAGAGAAAGGCUGAUGAACUUAGUCCCGAUACUGAUACCGAGGCUGAACCUAAUGUUGAUGCUGCAACUCCUCUUCCCGACCAACAUUUGUCAAGCUCCAAGUGUAACGAUGCCCCAGUCCUAACUGAAUCAGCGCCAGGCACCGCCCCUGCCUCUGCCCCAGAAGCUCCAGAAGCUCCAGCCCCUGCCCCAGAUACAAAGACCAAGAAGAAGAAGAAGCUCAAGUCACUAUUCCCAACAAAAGUUGUCAUGUUCUUUUCUAAGAGGAAGACGCACCCAGCCAAGUGAUGAGUUUCUCAUCCUUCCAGUCAAACUAGUGAGCUAAGCCUUAACCUAGUCCUUAUUGAUGAAGGGAUUCUGUAUUGCCUGCGAUUCAUUUCUGAUCAUUUGUAUUCAUUCUUUGGUUGCAACAACAAAUUAAUUAUCAUCAUUUACUGUAUUUGUAUAUAAGGUAUGACUGUUUCAGUCAACUAGCAGUUAUGAUCAUAACUCAUACUGUAACGAAGCAUACAUAACCUAUACCUGCCUCAUGCUAACUAGUAACUACUUCCCAUUUCCCA